CGAAGUGUACUCUCCUUUCUCCCUUUCUGUGUGUGAUUUUGAGUCCUCGUAAGGAAGUUGGGGUUAGGAGUGAGAAUGAUUUAGGGUGUGCGUUAAACAUUUUUUUUUAAAGGGUCCUGACGUCAUUCCUCCCCCUACUUCGUGCAGAAAUUUGAGAAAAUGUCUUCGGAAGAAACAAUAAGUGUUGUAGAAAGUGAGGUAAUGCCUCUGGAGUAUGGUGGGAUGGACUCAGAGAGCAGUCCGUCUAGUUCGGAGAGGACGGUGAAGGGGGUGGGAGGAGGGGAGGUAGUGGGAGGAGGGGAUGUAGUUGGGGUUGGGGGAGAUAGUGUACCCAUCACUAUGGUAGAAGUGGAGGGUAGGAGAGAGAGAUGUUAUGAUGUAGAUGCAGAUAUAGUGGAGGAGGUGAAACAGUAUAAGUCUGAGCUCAGGACCAGGGAUAGCUUGGGCCUAGCUCGAUCUCUCCUCUAUUCUCCAACUCCAGCCUCCAGCCGUUGCUCUAUCUCCUUAAGCUUCUUCAUUAAACCUUGCACUUUCAGAUCGCGCCUCUCCUCUGUUCUCCAGCAUCCAACGGUCGGUGAGGCGCAGGUGGUCCAGCCACUCCAGCCGCUGCCGGCGAUCCAGAUCCAGCCAAUACUCUCUCUUCCUCCACUCUCCAGCAACCCAGCUCCAUCUUAGGUAUCUUCACAUUUUCAUUCUAAGGUUACUCUUUCUGUUGGAUACCAGUUUCAAAUCUAUGAUUUAAGGUUGCUAUGAUAUUUUUCAUUUAAUUUUUGUUGUGUAAUUAUUUGUUUUUUUCCUCAGGGGUUGUUUUUGUAGGAUAUCAUUAUGAAUACUAGUGGUUUAGGGACUACUACUGGUGAUUAUAUUGGAUCUGUCCCUUUUAAAACAGAUGAUCCUGCUUGGGCGCAUUGUUUGAUUGUCCCAGGCAAGAGGAAUCAAACAAAAUUUUAUAU